AUGUAUGCCAUCCAGGGGUGCCUCUAUGGGUUGAGCGACAACACCAUCCCCCAGCUUCUGAAUCGCAACCAAACGUCCCUGGCCGCGUCGGAAACCCUGGCCAUUGUGCGUUUGCCAUCAGCCUUGAAGGUGUUCUUUGCACCACUGGCAGACUACGGUGCUCAGAAGAUCCCAGGUGGUUACAAGAAGCUGGUGAUCAGCUUACAGAUCUUGAUGGUUGCUGCCAUCCUUUCCCUCAUCCCACUACUACCAGAAGUGCUGCAGCUGGGUGGUCGUCCGGGAGCGGAGAAGCUGCGCUGGUCACUCUUUUGGGUCGCCAUAAGCAAUGCGAUCAGCGACCUCUGCCUGGAUGCCUUUGCCCUCAGGCAGAUGCCGGCAGAGCGGCAGCAUCUACCCGCCGUUUGUCAGGUGCUUGGAAUCUUUCUUGGAAUGACGGCUGCGAAAUCAGGACUUUUCUUCUUGAUGACACUGGAACUACUUCCACUAGAAGGCCUACUGCAAGGCUUCGUGGCCCUUUUGGCGAUCGUGGCUCUCCUGGCCGUCCUGGCCGUGGCGCUGACCGCGCGCCCAGACGCGGACGCGAGAGCUCGCGUCGGAGGUGACGGCGGUUUCGGGGCCGUGCUGAGGAACUCCUGGGCCGUUACCACGCGGCGGCCCAACAUGCCACACUGGCUCUUGUAUCAGCUCUUUAUGCCUGCAGUCAACUUCCAUCAUGGCGUCGUACUUCCAAGUCGCUAUGAGCAGUUCGGCUUCUCCGGUGAAGAUUAUGCCGCCUACGACCUGCCAGUGGCCGUGGUCACGGUGGGGGUCUUGCUCUGGGCGUCGAGGGCUGCGGAGGAUGCCACGAAACCGUUGAGCUACGUGAUCGUGGGCUAUCUGUUGGAGGCUACAGUAGUUUCAGCGCUGCUACUCCAAUACUGGAGCUGGAAAGGAACACCCACGGCCGGGUUCAAGUUCGCAUAUGUGGCCCUCAACAAACUCCACGAUCUCCUCUUCUUCGUCUGCGACAUGUUGGAGUUCGCCUUCAUGGGCCGUGUGGCUUCGCUGGAGCCGCAGUUGGUGGCUACCUUGAUGACGCUGCAGGCCUCGGCCUUCAACUUUUCGGAAUUCUUGUACUCCUGGCUGGCCCCAACUUUGGUCGAUCAUUUUUCCACGUGCUCCCGAGAGCAUGACGCCUUCUCGUGCGACUUUGACGCCUAUCCCCUGGUGGGUGUUGGUUUGACGCUGGUCACCUUGAUCUUUCUCAUGACUCAGUGGGGGCCCUUGGAUGUGCAUCCCAGUACUUGUUUGCAAGCCACAACUGGCUACAUCCUGAGCGAUAUUCUGUCGACUGCACGACCACGUGUCCAAAUUCUGACUGUUGGUCCAGCGAUUGGUGGCCACUUUCCAGAUUUGGGCGGCGUGCCUGCUCAGUCCAAAAAGGACAAGCAGAAAGCCGCCUUUGCCGCCAACUUGGCGGAGCCCAAAUCCUCGGCACCCAGCUGGGGUCCGGGGCCCCCGUGGAACGUGGCCGUGGCCAGUGGUCAAGCGCAAAGAGCGCCACCGACCUUCACCCUACAGGAGCUAGCCAAGCCCGCGAAGAAGGGCCGCAGCGCCAAGGUCUUCGGCGGCAAGGCAGACGCCGACGAGCAAGCCUUGACGGGUGCCUUUCAGCAGCCCGCGCCGGUGCCAGGCCCUGCCAGGGCCGAGCCGCAAGUGCCGGAAGCGUCGCAAGUGCCGCAGGCCUGGCAGGGCGACGUGGCCAGAAGGCAAGAGAUGCCACGGCACGAAGGCCUAUGGGAAGAUCGUGCCCGAGCUCAAGAAGGUCGAUCACGAGGGAAAGGCCAAGGCAGAGAAGGCACGGCUUGGCAGACAGGCGACCGCGGCGACCGCGGCGACCGCAAUGCACGGUUUGGUCGACGGGAAGGUCGUGAGGAUCGGCGGGAGCGUGAGCGCAAUGAGCGCGUGCCACGCAGUGAGAUUCGCCUGGAGAAGCGCGACGACGGCAGCCGCCGCGACCGGGACGAGAAGGACUUGGCUGAGGAAGAGGUGAGGACCUUCAAGAUCGAUCCGCAGAAACCCGUGCGGAUCUUGCAGAAGUCUCCUGAAGAGAAAGCCAAGGAAAAGGCACCUGAGCCGGUGGAGCAGCCGGUGCUCAAAGCCGAGGACAAGGGCAAAGGCAAAGCCUCCAAGAAGGGCAAAGGUCAAAAAGGCCGCGGGCGUGGUCCUCGUAUCAUCGGUGAGGACUCGGACGCCGAAUGGUCCGAAGCCUCAGCGUCCGACGAGGAGAAGCCAAAGCCAGGUCGAGCGGAGCUGGUCGCCUCUGAGGAAGACUCGGAGGGCGGCGAAGGCACCUUUGCUGCGUCCGUUCCGAAGGGCAAGGGCAAGGCCAAAGGCAAGAACAAAGGAAAGGAGAAGGCCAAAGGUGCUGGAAAGAAAGGCUGGGUGCGUGUGGAACGUGAAGAGAAAGACGAGGAGCAAGAUGAAGAAGAGGAGCGGGAAGAGAUUGAGGCACGCUUGCGGAACUCGCGCAAGGUUCUGGAGUCCCGCGCCCUGGCCCGCGCUGAAGCGGAGCGGCAGCGGCGGCUCCUACGCGAGAAGGCCAGUCUUCCUGCUCCAGCCGCUCCAGCGGAGCCCGAAAGCUUCCAGACGCCCGAGUCCAGUGAACACGAGGCUGAGAAGGAGGAACCAGAGGAGUUCCAAGAGGCUGCGAGUGAGCCAGCGGAGCUGGAUGUGGCCGAUGAGGAGCCCGUGCCCGACGUGCCCGACGUGCCCGACGUGCCCGACGUGCCCGACUCGCGCCCGCUUCCGGAGCUUGAGGCGGAGCCGGCCGAGGAGGCCGACGAGGCCGUCGCGGAGGAAGAAGAAGGUGUCGAGGCUGCAGAGGCAGAGCUGGACGAUUCCAUCGAGGUGGAAGAGAUGGAAGGUGAUGCAUCGCCACUCUCCAAAGAGGAGGAGGCGGAAGCCGAAGCGGAGGACGAUGAGGCUGUGCAUCGGCUAAACCCCGUGGCAGACACGGGACUUGCUCUGGGCAUCGGAAUGGUUGCCGUCCAGCAAGAGGCGCAAGAAGAGGUCGACUCAGACGAUUUGUUGGAUUUCGAAACGGUCAAGAACAAGACCGAACGAAAGGCGGAGAAGCAAACGCAACGCCGCGUGAAAGAGGAGCAUGCAACCCGUGCUGCCAUUCGAAAAGAAGCGCAGAGACAACGCGUACGGGCGAAGGAGCAGCGUGAAACGGAGGCCGCCGAGGCGUGA